AUGAAACUUUGGGCAGCUUUACUGGCCCUCGCUACCACGGCUGAUGCCACGAAAGGGCCUCACGGCAAUAAUACCUAUGAGUAUAUUGUGGUAGGAUCUGGCCCAGGUGGAGGGCCCCUGGCUGCAAAACUAGCACAGGCUGGCCAUUCAGUUCUCCUCAUCGACGCUGGCGAUGACCAGAUUGACAAUCCAAACUCGCACACGGUCUUCGAGAAUACUCUAGCCGUCAAUGACCCGCUGACCAGAUGGGACUUUUUCGUCAGCCGUGACGUCCCCGAAUUUGAGAACGAGCACGAGUUUACGACCUGGAGGCAGGCCAAUGGCUCGUUCUAUGUUGGACUCGACCCUCCCGAGGGAGCACAGCGCUUAGGUAUUUACUAUCCUCGUGCGGCAACUAUUGGGGGUUGUGCUAUGCAUAACGCUGCAUACGUCUCUUUGCCGGCCCAGGUGGAUUAUAACGAUAUUGCCGAGAUCACUGGCGACGAUUCGUGGAGGGUAGAAAAUUGGCGCCAGCAUCUUGUCACCCUCGAGAGAUGCAAUUAUCUGGAAAAUGGCAGCACCCCAGCACAUGGAUUUACUGGGUAUCUCGAUACCUCUCAGGCUGACCCUUCCUGGGCCCUCGACAGGUCUGACCUGGUAUCACUUGCACAACUUGCCUCUGACAGGCUGGGAGGGAAUACCACGGGCUUAUCGCUAUUCGAAUUGCUCAGCCGCGAUAUCAACACGGAUGAUCCUGCAAGGGAUACCACAGACGGCGUCUAUGCUCCUCUUACCCAUUCACGAUUUGGCGUCCGCUCGAGCCCACUCCAGCUGAUUCGCGCAACGCUUAAUGAUCCUCGGAAUUUCCCCCUCACGGUCCAAGAGCACACCCUUGUCACAAGGGUUCUCUUUGCCAACCACUCUUCUAAGAAGGGAGAGGAAGAGAAAAAGCCUACAGCUAUCGGUGUCGAGUACUUGCAAGGCCAAAGCCUCUACUCAGCGGAUCCGAGACAUGAUCCAGACUUUGAAGGCACUCCUGGUAGAGCAUUUGCGACAAGAGAAGUCAUCAUUGCGGCCGGCGUCUUCAACACCCCUCAGAUUCUGAAGCUGAGUGGCGUCGGUCCGGCCGAGGAGCUGAAGCAGUUCGAUAUCCCGGUGGUUCUUGAUUUACCGGGAGUUGGCAGCGGAAUCCACGAUAACUACGAGGCUGUUCUUUACGGGACUUUUGCGAAUAACAUCGCAGGGUUCUGGGAUAUGUUUUAUACCACGUCGCAGGCCUUGCGAACGCGCGAUAUCCACUUCUAUUGCGGAAGUAUGAAUUUUAUCGGUUUCUUCCCUGGUAUGCCUGGCUACAACGAGAACGAAUUCGAAUGCGGCUUCAUGCAGCUCCAUCCUCGAAAUGCCAAUGGCACCGUCAAGCUCCGGUCUCGCGACCCCCGAGAUACGCCAGAGAUCUACCUGGGCUUCUUUCGAGAGGGUAAUGAUAAGGACCUCGAUUCUAUGGUUGAAGCCAUCAACUUUGUUAGGCCCAUCUUUAACAGUCUUGAAAACAACACCUUCACUGAGUUUCGCCCCUGUGCUCAGAGCGUUGAGUGCACGGAUGAGUGGCAGAGGCGCUAUCUCCGCGCGCAGGUCUAUUCUCACCAUGCCUCGGGUUCUUGCGCGAUCGGCAGGGGCGAUGAUCCUUUGGCAGUCCUGGAUUCUAAGCUGCGAGUUAGAGGCGCUCGUAACCUACGGGUUGUUGAUGGAUCUGUUUUCCCAGUGCAGCCUGGCGAGGUGCCUGUUCUCGCGACCUUUAUGCUCAGUGAGAAAGCCUUGAUCGAUAUUUUGGCAGAUGCGAAAUAG